CAGAUUUUCCGCAGAGUAAAUCAAUGGAGUAAUGCAAAUGAUAGUUCCUCUCGUUUCGCGACUUCCGCUCUGCUGAAACAUAUUAAUAUUUUCCAUAUUGGAUAAAUAUUUUGGUUAAUUGCUGCAAAAUAUAUUUUACGAUAUUCUUAUUUUCCUGGAAAAGAUAGGAGAAUGGCUGCUGCUGAGGUGAACAGUAGUUCUGCUCCGGUGAUGGAGGAAAAGGAGCCUAUAGAAGUCACCACCGAAGGCGAGCACACAGAGAACUACCAGACACUAAUUGAUGCCGGACUGCCGCAGAAAGUGGCUGACAGUCUCAACAAAAUAUUCUCUACUGGGUUGCUGGCAUACACUGACCUAGAUGAGAGGGCCAUCGAUGCUCUGCGGGCGUUCAAUGAAGUGGGAGCGUUGUCUGUACUGUCGCAGUUCAAAGAAAGUGACCUGACCCAUGUCCAAAACAAAAGUGCUUUUCUUUGUGCAGCUAUGAAGACAUACAGACAGCGGGAAAAGCAAGGAAGUAAAGUUCAGGAAUCCUCUAAGGGUCCUGCUGAGUCCAAGAUCAAGGCUCUGCUGGCGCGGACAGGAUACACCCUGGACGUCACCACCGGACAGAGGAAAUACGGAGGGCCCCCACCAGAGGAAGUGUUUAAAGGAGCACAGCCUGGGAUUGGAACUGAGGUGUUUGUAGGAAAGAUCCCCAGAGACCUGUAUGAAGAUGAGCUGGUGCCUCUGUUUGAGAAGGCGGGCCCAAUCUGGGAUCUGAGGUUAAUGAUGGACCCCCUGUCGGGUCAGAACCGGGGCUACGCCUUCAUCAACUUCUGCAGCAAGGAUGCAGCAGCUGAGGCGGUGAAACUUUGUGACAACUAUGAAAUCCGGUCUAGGAAACACCUUGGAGUGUGCGUAUCUGUAGCGAACAACCGCCUAUUUGUCGGCUCAAUCCCAAAGAACAAGACCAGAGAGAGCAUAUUGGAAGACUUCAGCAAAGUCACAGAGGGGCUUCAGGAAGUGAUCCUCUACCACCAGCCGGAUGACAAGGAGACGAACCGUGGCUUCUGUUUCCUGGAGUAUGAGGACCACAAGUCUGCAGCCCAGGCACGCCGCUGCCUCAUGAGUGGCAAGGUGAUGGUGUGGGGGAACCCAGUCACUGUGGAGUGGGCCAACCCGGUCACUGAGCGUGACACGGAUGUCAUGGCCAACCAGGCGAAGGUCUUGUUUGUCAGGAAGCUUGCCACCUCAGUCACAGAGGAGCUACUAGUGAAGACGUUUUCUGCCUUUGGCAAACUGGAGCGGGUGUAUAAGCUCAAAGACUACGCCUUUGUCCACUUUGAGGACAGGGACGCCGCUGUGAAGGCAAUGGUAGACAUGAAUGGAAAGGAGUUGGGGGGAGAGGCGAUUGAAAUAAGAAUAGCAAAGAAGAAGAAGGCGCGGAAGACUCAGCGCCAGACCACCAGAAACCCAGGCAGGAAUGACGAUUACAACCAGCCACCGCCACGCAUGCCUCCACCAGAUAGGGGCAGGGGCCGUGGUCACCGCGGAGGCUACGCCUCCUACCCUCCAGACUACCACAGCUACGAUGACCACUACGGCUAUGACUAUCAUGAACCCUGCAGGGGUUACGAGGACCCCUACUACGGUUACGAGGACCCCUACUACGGUUACGAGGACCCCUACUACGGUUACGAGGACUCCUACUAUGGUUACGAGGAUGUGUACAGCGAGAAGGGUCGUGGCAGCAGGGGAGUUCCGCCCCCUCCUAGGGCCCGUGGAACACCACCCACACAGGGCCGAGGGGGCUAUGUGCAGAGGGGGCCACCCAUCAGAGGGCCCAGGGGUGGCAGAGGGGGCCGUGGGGGACUCUUUCAGCCACAGAGGGCCCACAGUACCCGAGGAGCCAGGGGGAACCGUGGGGGCAAUGUGGGCGGGAAGAGGAAGGCCGACGCCUUCAACCAGCCUGACUCAAAGCGCCGGCAGACCAACAAGCAGAACUGGGGGUCCCAGCUCAUCACCCAGCAGAAAGGCAGCGACUAUUCUGAUAACUAUGGUUAAGGUGGUGAGGUGAGAGCGACAGCGCUUGAGUGAGAAACAAACUCACCCUGAACUUUGUUCCUUACAAAAGGGUGAGCUAUUACUAGUAGUGUCUAGCCCAAACCGUGCUGAAUCUACAGGUUAUUUUGUGAGAAGACCGAUUUCCAAGAUGUCUCCUGGUCUGACAAACAGUGCUGUAGCUCUGCGCCACCUUCCACUGCCGAUGCGGUGGAUUGAGACGCGGCCCAUGCAAACAAAUGUCUAGUUUAAACUAAUGGAUUUUAAUGGUCAUUUUGUUUAUUUGAUUUAUUAUGCUAUUUACAGAGCAAUUUGCUUGCCUUGCAUAUGCCAUUCAAUGUUUUCUCGUCAACUAUUAGGAUAAAGAUUUUUGAGACAUGUCAGCAAAAAUCACCAGUGAUCAAGCUCCACUGCAUAUUUCUGUUCUUUUUUCCAUGCAAGGCAAGAAGAUAACAAUAAAAGAAAUCCCGUGAAGGGGCCCGGCUUACAAAGUGUAGGCCAACUUCUAGACUAAUCUCUUGUGGACAGAUGAAAUGGUGAGAAUCUGUCAAGGCUCAUAUAGAAUUAUGUGAUUACGAGCAGCAGUAGUUCCUGGUUUUGGGUUUUCGUCAUUGAUUUAAGUGGAUGGAAUCAGGUUUGGGCGACGGCGGUGUAAGAACUGGUGCGAGGAAUUUAAGCAUGUUUGCGGAUAAAUGGUUACCACAGCCACAAAGUCAACUGUCUAUUUCGUAAAAAUGUAUAUAAACAAGUGUACGUUUUAAUCAUGUUAGGACACUAGGCAUUACAUUUCUGUAAAACCAAUUCAGUGUGGCUAGUGUCAAUCUAUUCCUUCACUCGGGACCCCUGUCAACGAUGAAGGUCCUAUCCACAUAAAUUAAACCUCAGUGACAUGAAUUACUUAGACUUCCCCUCACACUAAAGACACAGUAUGGCUACCUUCCUCUUUAGUACUAGGCCAUACAUAGUCCUUUUAAGUGACGUUGUAAAAAGGCUGUCUUUUCACACACUGAAGGUCCAAUGCAAUGUCAAGCCAUUUGACAUCAAUGUAAAGGACUUACCUCACAAUAUGGACACUGCCUAGACGUGCCCUCCAAUUUUAAGUGGCAUUGUACACUGAACAAAAAUAGAAAUGCAAUAUGCAACCAUUUCAAAGAUUUGACUGAGUUAGAGUUCAUAGAAGGAAAUCAGUCAAUUGAAAUAAAUAAAUUAGGGCCUUAUCUAUGGACUUCAGAUGACUAGGUAGGGGCGCAGCCAUAGGUGGGCCUGGCAGGGCAUACAGUUGAAGUCGAAAGUUUACGUACACUUAGGUUGGAGUCAUUAAAACUAGUUUUUCAACCACCCCACAAAUGUCUUGUUAAUUAACAAAGUAUAGCUUUGGCCAGUUAGGACAUCUACUUUGUGCAUGACACAAGUCAUUUUUCCAACAAUUGUUUACAGACUAUUUCGCUUAUAAUUCAGUGGGUCAGAAGUGUACAUACAAUAAGUUGACUGCCUUUAAACAGCUUGAAAAUUCCCAGAAAAUGUCAUUGCUUUAGAAGCUUCUGAUAGACUAAUUGACAUAAUUUGAGUCAAUUGGAGGUGUACCUGUGGAUGUAUUUCAAGGCCUACAUUCAAACUCCGUGCCUCUUUGCUUGACAUCAUGGGAAAAUCAAAAGAAAUCAGCCAAGACCUCAGCAAAUAAAAUUGUAGACCUCCACAAGUCUGGUUCAUCAUUGGGAGCAAUUUCCAAACCACCUUCAUCUGUACAAACAAUAGUACGCAAGUAUAAACACCAUGGGACCACGCAGCUGUCAUACCGCUCAGGAAGGAGAUGCGUUCUGUCUCCUAGAGAUUAACUUUGGUGCGAAAAUUGCAAAUCAAUCCCAGAACAACAGCAAAGGACCUUGUGAAGCUGUUGGAGGAAACAGGUACAAAAGUAUAUAUCCACAUUAAAAUUAGUCCUAUAUCGACAUAACCUGAAAGGCUGCUCAGCAAAGAAAAAGCCACUACUCCAAAACCACCAUAAAAAAGCAUUUUUAAAAUAAAAUGGUGAUCCUAAAACGGAAUUUUUACUAGGAUUAAAUGUCAGGAAUUGCGAAAAACUUAAGUUUAAAUGUAUUUGGCUAAGCUGUAUAUAAACUUCCGACUUCAACUGUAGGUCCACCCACUGGGAAGCCUGGCUUCCCAGCCAAUCAAGAUGAUUCCCCCCCCCACAAAAGGGCUUUCUUACAGACAGAAAUACUCCUGAGCACCCCCUCAGACGGUCCUGCAGGUGAAGAAGCCAGAUGUGGAGGUCCUGGGUUGGCGGGGUUAUAUGUUGUCUGUGGUUGUGAGGCCGGUUAGAUGUACUACCAAAUUCUCUAAAACGAUGUUGAAGGGGGCUUAUGGUAGAGAAGUUAACAUUAAAUUCUCUGGCAACAGCUCUGUUUGAUAUUCCGGCAGUCAGCAUGCCAAUUGCAAGCUCCCUCGAAACUUGACAAAACUACACAUUUAAGAGUGGCCUUUUAUUGCCCCCAGCACAAGGUACACCUUUGUAAUGAACAUGCUGUUUUAAUCAGCUUAUUGAUAUGGUGAAAGAAUUACCAUGGCAAAGGAGAAAUGCUCACUAACAGGGUUGUAAACAAAUAUGUGCACGAAAUUUGAGACAUGAGCUUUUUGUGCUUCUGGAAAAUUUUAUUUCAGCAUGUUACAAAUUGUGUUUAUAUUUUUGUUCCGUAUUAAAAGGCUGUCAUUUCAGUUUUUAGCACAAAUGAAUGGGAAACUACAAGCUCUGUAUAAUAUCAAAGCCUAUAGCCAGGUAAUUUGACCUGGAGGUUAAUCUAAUCCAUGUGAUGUGGUAUAGCCUAGCUAGCUGCAGAAGCUGUGGUCUAAUAGCACUCCAAUGACUAUCUGGUAAUUGGGAGUUAUCACUUCAAACCUCUCAGUACUGGGCCUAUAAAUCUGAUCUGGUGGUGAGUGCCUGUCUUUGUUUCUGCAUCGGUGUGAUACUUGGAUAUGUUCAUAUAUAAUGAUAAUGUAAUUAUUAUAUAAUUAUCUUUUCCUUGUUUUAAUGAGACCAUGAUACUCUAUUAUAAAACAUGCAUCAUUAGCAUGGACUGCUGUAGUACCCACAUGCUAUCCUUGGGACAUCCCAACCUCAUUGUGGAAAUUUAAGAUGGUUUAGGUAAGGAUUAUUGUUAGGGUAGGGAUGUCAAGGAUCCUGAAUACCACUGACAAUAUCACAACAUGGCUGCUUUUACUCUGAACAUCUGAUUUAUCAGCAAAAAAAUUCAGGAUGCAGUGUGUGCAUCUCUAGGUAAAGCUAGGUUCUCUGCUAGAGCACGAUUGCCAAACCAACCAAGAAAUAAAACCGAUACAAAAGGCCA